GGCAGCGGAAGAAGGGCCGGGUGAGGAGGUUCGCUUCGGGUUUGGAGUCGUGGGGCCCUCUUGCGGGGCCCGGCUCCGCCCGCCCGCGGUCCGUGCGGGGCUGCCGUUUGCUCUCGGCCGCUCGGCGCCCGCUGCGGGAGUUGCGAAGACGGAGCGCCGCGGGACGGAAGGGGCUUCGCGGGCGGUGGACGCUGAUCCGAGCGGAGCGGGUAGGGCGGCAGGAUCUCGCCCUUCUGAGCGAAGAGUGAAAAUGAUGACAAGAUUUCCUGCGCUGCAUACCCUGUGGAUCCUUCUCUUUUCAUAUCUGACAAUGGAAGUUAUGGCUACAGAACACAUACAGGAAUUUGCAUGCUUUACUGACUAUGCCGAAAAGCUGGUUUGUCACUGGAAGGUGCCUGAACAGUUGAACUGCUCCAAAGACUUCCUGCUCUACUACAGGAAGGAACUUUUUCCUCCCAGAAAUGUGUGUGUCCCUGAGAACGGAGAAGAGAGUUCCAUGUGCACUUGCACAAUAUAUCCUGAUUAUUUCGUAUCAGGUCUCACCUAUAUCCUAGCUCUACAGUUCAAUGGCACCAGUAUGUGGAAUUCCAGUGUUACACCAGCCCAAGUUGUUAAGCCCAGAACUCCCAAAAAUCUUGCCGUUGAGAAAAAUGAAAAUGGUAAUUUCAAUUUGAGCUGGGAGGAGAGCUAUGCUGCUUCAUCCAUGCUUUUUGGACAGCCAGUCAUCUAUGAAGUAAAAUACUGGAGCAAGCAGCAACCAGAAAAGGCUACUGUGACAUCAAUUAACUAUCAGGCAAAAAGCUUUGAAAUCACCACAAGCUCCUUGCAGAGAGGCUACGAUUACGUUGCAAUUAUACGGUGUAACUAUACAGACUAUCCAGCCUACUGGAGUGACUGGAGUGAUGGAGUUGAAUUUCACUAUGAUUACCAAGUGACACCUGAAGACAUUCUGCACAUGGCUGUUCCUAUAUCUUGCAUCCUGAUCAUGGCAGUAGCUGUAAUUUGCUAUUUCUGUUUUACCAAGAUGAAGAAAGAAUGGUGGGAUCAAAUCCCAAACCCAGCAAAGAGCCAUUUGGUUGUAAAAAAUGUCAAGUUUUCAGUCUUGAGCUAUAUUGAUGAAAUGAAGUUCCCUUUCUAUGAUUCAAAGCCGAGUCAUAUGGAAAAGCAAACAAGUUGCAAAAGCUGCCUGGCUCAAAGUUUGUCAAGCCAAAACUUCAAGGAAAAAGAUAACAUCAGAAACGUUGAGAAAUGUUGCAGUUGCUGCAGCAAGCCUGGAGAGUGGUUUCCAAAAGGCAUUAAUGCAGUUUUAACCCCUGAGACCGUUCUUGUUGAAGAGUCUAUAGAAAUCUGUGAACGUUUAACAGACGUUGAGGCUGAGAACCAGGAAAAGACCAGCGACCAGAUCACCGUAUUUGAGCCUUGUGAGUGCAGUGUCAGCACGCUGAGGGAGCACGCUGAACACAAUGAUGCACUAGCUGACAUGUUCAUGGAGCUCUUGGCAGAUGAAAAAAGCAUGCAAGAUGAUAGAGACCCAGACAUCAUUAUGAGUGAAACCUUUCAGAAACUUGAGUCAGAAAAUCCUUCUCAAAAAAAUUCAGAAGAAAGUGCAGUCCAGAGUCAGCGGUCACCUGGUAUUUCUCAUGGAGUCUCUCCUUUUACUGAAGCCUCUCAGGAUGAGUACAAUUGCAGUACAACCAGCAGGAAGUCAGCACAGUCAGAAGAAUCCUUGGAAUCUGGCUAUCGGAGCUCCAGCACAAAUUCUGCUUCUCUGGAUGCAAGAGAUAGUCCCUGUAAGCUUCAACAAAGCCUUUUGCUGUGCAGUUCUGAAAGUCAGCACGAUUCAUCUGUACUUAUUUGGGAAUCUCUAAAUAAACCAGCCUUUGACAGAAUAAGCAGCCCUGCAUACAAGAGCUCUGAUACUCUCAUAUCUCCUUCUGUGGAGCCCUGUGGCUCUGCAUACAAGAGCUUUCAUGCUGUGAUGUCUCCAUCUGUGGAGCCUUGUGGCUCUGUAUACAAGAGCUUGGACACCCUUAUGUCUCCAUCUGUGGAGCCCUGUGGCUCUGCAUACAGGAGCUUUGAUGCCUUAGUAUCUCCAUCUGUGGAGCCCUGUGGCUCUGCAUACAAGAGCUUGGACACCCUUACGUCUCCAUCUGUGGAGCCCUGUAGCUCUGCAUACAAGAGCUUUGAUGCCUUAAUGUCUCAGUCUGUGGCUAACAGUAGCUUGAAUAUGCACUUUGAAAAUAUAUGCUUGUUACCGUCUUUAACCCAGUCUUCAGAGGCACGUGCAAACAAUGGAGUUCCAGCUUUCCCACCGGAGGAGGAAACUUGUAAGCAAGCAGUGUACCAAAAUCUUCAAAAGGAAGGCAGUGUGCUUUCUUGCCCUGCUGGACCUCAGCCAUCUGGCUAUAAACCUUUUGACGCUGCAGUUAAAUGUAGUGCUGCACACUUUGACAGUAGCAGUGAGGUUAUCUCAAAGUCACUGUAUGAACCCUUAGUUCAUCUUUUGUACAACAACCUGGAAGAAACAUCUCCAGAUAACAUAACCCGUGGGCCUGACCAGAAGGUAGAUGGCCAUGAGUGUUUGAUUGUGCAGGACUUUGAUUCUGGCAUUGCCCCAGGUGUAGGCUCUAGUGAGAAAGUCACACACAGUAGUAGUGAUGACAGCCUUUUGAUUGUCAGCUCUCAUGAGCUGUUAAGUGAUACCAAAGAUGAAAACAUCAGCAGAGACAAACAACUGUUGCAUUUCUUGGACCUGAGCUGUCAAGAUUUUAACGGAGAGAGAGCUAUAAAGGAAACAAAACAUAAUGACUCUAACUGUUGUGGUGAAGGAGUGCAAGGGAGCAGCAGUGACAGAGUAAGUACUGACUUCCAGCGUGCCCCACACGACCAUUUGAGGAAGUUUGGAAACGCAGGGGAAAAUAAGGAGGUGGUAAACAGAAGGUGUAGCUGCUCAGCGGCUAACUUACUGGAAGCAUCACUGGACGGCAUUGGGCUAACCUUAAAAACUGCCGAAGAGCCCCUGGAGCUUUUGGUCUCAGACAAGUUGUCAGCUGCUCUUUUUGUGGACAACCCUCAUCUUUCUGAUUCUCACACCACUCCCAGUGACAAUUCUGGACUGGCACCUGCAGUUAAAAAAAGACCAUCAGAACUAUUAAGGGAAAACAACAGGAAGAAUGAGAAAAAAGUUGAACUUUUACAGGCUCUUGCCCAGGAGGACAGCUGUUACAUGAAGGUUGUCUAGUCGUGUUUGCCAGGACAACCAAACGAGCCUUUGGAAAUAAACUGUAAGGCAAAUUGAUACAGUGCUUUGUUAUUCCAGUUCUGCCUACAGUGACAGCUACUACGAUUCAGACGUGGAUUCACUGGGUUGUAAUGCUUAUGCCUGCUGCUGGACUGGCAGCUGGUGUAUGAGGCAGACCCCUGGGUACAGAAGGGGCUAGCAGCUAACAAAUGGAGCUACUGCACUCUCAGGGAGGCAGAGCCAGUGCUAAAGUUUCUCUGGUUGCGAUUGUUCUCUGAAAGUGAGCAGGAGAUGCAUCAAGCUGGAGUUCUUAUUCAGCACGGCUCCUGCGCUUGUUGCUCUGGUUCUGUGUGUUGCUUGGGAAGCACGAGGGGUGAUACAGACAGUGCUGAUGCACCUGGAGCUGAGAUAGGAUCAUAGAGUGGUUUGGGUUGGAAGGGGCCUCUAAGAGGAAGUGACUGAUUUGCACUGAUUGCAUCGCACAUUCAAAUACUUAUUUACAGGGGACGUCCUGUGUACGUGGCACCAGAAUGUGGUAUGUUCCUAUAUUUGCUCAAUCAAGAUCUGCAAUAAAGAUUACCAUCCUUUGGUCUAAAGAAA